GUCAACGGGCAAGGCUACCCGGGACAAUACGCCGAGUUCUAUGACGGCGGCAUCUUUCUUAGCCGUCCUUCACAUGCGCUAAGUCAGGGAUCCAAGAGCGUUCAUUCGCGGGCGACUCCGUUUGCAGGGCAGACACGUUCUUGCUCAACCAGACCGGGGGUCUCCGAACAUGUUAUCGGAGGCUAAUGCCCGUCCGCUUCUGACAAAGUUCGAUCAACGGCCUCGAAAACCGCUGCCCUAGCGGGUGGCUUAGCAUUCUCGGAUCCUUUCUCGGACUCCAGAAGUAAAUCAACGCUUAGAAUAGUCAAGAUGCUUGUUGUGGAUCCCCAAACCUAAACCGAUUAACAUUUUCUCACAUAAACAGUUGUCAAGCUUUACCAUAUAGAAACUGAUGUUUGACAGAUGCCAAGACUAACCAAAAUUAGGGGCACAAAUUACUUCAUAAGGAGCGAGAGAUCCGUCAUAAUUCUACAGUCAAACUAAGGGCUCACUUGUCCUAUAAAUUGGGUUACACGUACGCAAUACGGCACUUUCCAUCUCGAAUGCCCGUUCACAAACAUACUGCCAGCUAUUCGAUGAUUGUGAAAAAUACAUUUCCAUCAGGCGCAGCAAACAAUCAUUCCCUCUCAGUCGUUAAGCUUUGGCCCUAACACACAAGCCAUGAUACGAGGCAAGCAACACCGGCGUCGCUCAGCCACACCUUAUCCUGGCCGCAGUCGGAGCCAAAAUGGAGCACGCGGCGCGACGAAUGCGAUGCAACUGAUAAGGCACCUGAUGGAACAUGCACCGGAACGCCUCGCAAAGGAACGCGGUUCUAGCCGCUACUUUGGGAGAGAAGAAGCGGAAUGCAGAGGACGAACUCGUCGUGUGAAUCAUGGCCAAAACUCAUCGGGUCGACAUGACGGAAACGGUUCCAAUCUGCCUCUCGUCCAAGAUAACGCAGAAGUCAUCGAUCGCGUUCUUUCCAGACUGGCGCGGCUUACCCGCGUCGGCUGCGAGACGCGAGGCCGGGCAAAAUCACCACUACGGCGGCGUUGCCAUGAUGAUCCUCGCCAACGCAAUCAUGGAGCUGCCAAGAACCGCCGGUACCGCAGCCCUACUCCCAGCCCGGCCUCGAGCAGUAUGAUGAGCUCAAUUCCCGGCGCAUGCAUUGACUGCAAGGCGAUUUCUUAUUCGCCGAAUGCUCUCCAACCGCAACGGAGACGAAGGCAGCCGGAAAAUGAAAGUCCAAGGCUCAAGCAGGGUGCAGAUGACUAUCAGAUGUACAGGGAACUGCAAAGAGCCUUUGGGCAGUUAAACAUUGAGAUAGAGCAAGCUCAAACAACCAUGAAGCCGGAUGACGUGAGCAGACUUCAGCUGAGGGUCGACGCUAUGAUGGAACUGCUUACGAGCAGAGGGACUGCAGAGGAUCGGCAAACUAUACGAUGGAUGCCCGGUCGGUCGGCUGAGAGUGGAUCAGGAGCAUCUGGAGAAGACCAGCAAUACAGAGCUACGUCGAUUCAAUGGGCAGACCGCACCAUUUGACUGGGUCCACCUAAACCGCCGAUAGCAGAACCAGGUUUGAUCACGAAAUAGAGGUCGAAGCCCCAGGAACUAAUAUGGUUUCUAGAAAGAUAUCAGAUACAUAUUUUCACCCUUGAACUACCCUCAAGUUAAAUACCUACACAUCUCUCUCUCCCUGGUGACCCGACCACAGAAAUUAACAACGAAUUACAUCUGUAAGAGUACCUCCAUGCGUUCUCGUCGACCAGGUAUGACAAGCCCUCCCAUCUGCGAAUACCUUUUGUACAUAAUCAGUGUAAGGAUGUUACAGAAACCUCGUGUCACAAUAUUGCAUCUUGAAAAUCGCACAAUCACUGUUUAAGGUGCAAGACACUACAUGUCUUUCCUCCCGUCAUCCAAAUCGAAUUCAUUGUGCCAUCGUAUUAUUCAGGAGGGCCGUAGCGUCGGCAAGGGGGUCUUCUUUGGAUCGGCAGCAGCAUCAGAGAGUUCCGGUUCCGGGUCCGGAGCCGACUCGACAACCGAGGGUGCUUUUUCAGCUGCGUCGGACGGG